AUGCAGCUCAUAGGCGUCACUCCAUCCGAUCAACAUCUCAUGUUCAAGGGCGUGGAACUUGUAGAUUACAAAAAGACACUUCAGGAUUUGGGAAUUCCUCCGGACAGCAUGCUACAUCUCUGGACUGAUAGUCCACCGAUGAAUGCUACAACUGUGCAACUGGAGAAUAGCCAGCUAUUGAAAGUGUCAACCGCACCCAAGGGAUCCAUACCUCCUAAGAAUAAUGCCUACAAGAAUCAAGGUGCCCCGCUGGAGCUCGGUUUCAAAGGAACUCGAUUACUGGAAAACUGA